AUGUCGAUACGUCAUUUCUUUGGGGCAGAUGACGGCCAUAGCAGCCGCGACACUGCGCAGGACAUUCGCGAGCAUCUGCUGCCCAGCCAUAAUGCGGAGCAUGUCCAUUCGGCCAUUCCGGCCAAGAGGGUCACGAGGGUUGCACUAAGGUUGAAGUACCUCAUUGAAGCCGCGGUUCCCUUCGAGCUCAAGGAAUCCCAAAUCACCCGCCCGCACUCGCAAAUAAUCACCAAAGAGGUCGUCGCCCUCGCCGCCAGAGCCGGCGGCGACGAGGACCGCGCAUGCGUCGUCUACUGCCUCCUGGUCUGUCUCCGCUGGUUCAAGCGCCAGGCAAAGCUCGAGCUCUUUGAUGCCGACCUAAACAUCCUGCGCGCGGAGGCGUGCCAAGUCAUCGCUAAGCGCAUCAUUGAGGACUUUGAGGACCAGGACUACCUGUUCUCGGAGGUGCUCUUGCAGCGCUUCAGCAUCCUCCGUAAUGGCGUGGAGAGCACGCCGUCUAAUGUAAUUGAGCGCGCAGUCGAUUUACAUGCGACUCGGGUCAUUGGCUCGAGCGGGUACCAGAAGUGUAUAGGGUAUCUCUGGAAGGGCUGGCUCGCGCAGGAUCUGAAUGACCCGACCCACUUUUGCGGGUACAAGAACGUCGCAAACAAGUCCUACUGGGCGCACUUUGACCAUGACCGUAUCCGCGCACCAAAGUUCCAGAAUGCGUUCCAGGUGCUCAUCUCGUUCUUCUAUCUGGGGCUGUACACCGUUGCCAUCAACACCAUCAAUCCCUCCGGGGAUCUCGAUGUCGUCGAGGGCCUUCUCUACCUCUUUACCCUGUCAUUUAUCGCGGAUGAGUUUACAAAGUUCUGGAAAGUCGGAAGGUUCUACUUGAGCUUUUGGAACACGUUCAAUUUGACGCUAUAUGCGGCGUUAACCGUCUCAUUUAGCUUCCGGAUGUAUGCAUUUAGUAAGCCAGUUGGUAGCACGGAAAGGAUGCAUUGGGACGAGGUAUCGUACUAUUGGUUAGCAUUUGUCGCGCCCAUGUUCUGGGCGCGCAUGCUGCUAUACCUGGAUACCAUACAAUUCUUCGGAGCCAUGCUGGUUGUGCUAAAGGUCAUGAUGAUGGAGAGUUUGAUCUUCUUUGCGCUCCUUAUCGUUAUUAUCAUUGGUUUCUUGCAAGGUUUUGUUGGUCUGGAUUCUGCAGAGGACCAUAAAGUGGAUACCACAUUCUUCAUCCUAGAGUCCAUGGUCAGAGCGAUCCUGCAGAGUCCUGAGUUUGACGGGUUUGGGGACUUCGCGCAUCCAUAUGGAAUCAUACUAUACUACCUAUUUACUUUUGUAGUCAUGGUUAUCCUGCUCAACAUCCUUAUUGCGCUCUACAACUCGGCCUACACCGAUAUCACUGAAAACGCCGUUGACGAAUACCUCGCUCUUUUUGCUGCCAAAACCCUACAGUUCGUGCGCGCCCCUGAUGAGAACGUCUUCCUCCCCCCGUUCAACCUGAUCGAAAUCUUUGGUCUCAUCCUCCCCUUCGAAUGGUGGCUCCCCAAAUCCACAUACAUGCGUCUCAACGACUACGUUAUGACGGUCCUCUACUCACCAUUGCUGCUCAUUAUUGCCUGGAUCGAGACGCGCGAGGCGCGCAACGUUUCCAGCAACCGCGCACGCGGCGAACAGGACGACGAGGCCGUGGAGGAGUGGGAGGAGAUGCAGGGUGAGAUUGACGUCCUGGGCGACGGCUGGGACGUGGACGUGAAGGAGGUUGUCCCAGACCUGGCGGACGAGGCGACGAUUGCGGGCGUCAGGGCGCAGGUCGAGGCGUUGGCGGCGUUCAUUAGGAGCGCGAGCGGCGUGGAUGAUAGUGAGGUUGGCAGCGAGGAGUAUGUGAGAGAGGAGGGAUAUAGUAGGGGGGAGGCUGAUAGCGUGACUAGUUCAAUGGUGGAGUAG